CUUUCCUGUUGCUCAGAGGAGGCAGGCCGGUGAUUUUCCACUGCCGCUGAUGUCUCUGGUCCCCGGGUUUUAAGAGACAAAGGUCAGAAAGAGAAGCUUAUAAAUAGGCUAAAAUAUAAGCUUCCGACGCGUCCAGACUUCAGUCGCUCUGACGGACACGGGAGGACACGGACAAGACUAACGGGACAAGGGACCGAGCGCAAAGGACAUUAAAAGGACAAAAUAACAGAAAACAUCACAUCAUCGUAGCAGAAUGGCACAAAAAGAGAAACUUCAGUGUCUGAAGGACUUCCACAAGGACACGUUGAAGCCGUCUCCUGGUAAGAGCCCUGGCACUCGGCCUGAAGACGAGGCGGAGGGCAAACACCCCCAGAGGGAGAAGUGGGCCAGCAAGUUGGACUUUGUCCUGUCUGUGGCCGGCGGAUUUGUAGGUUUAGGGAACGUGUGGCGUUUCCCUUACCUCUGCUAUAAGAAUGGUGGAGGUGCGUUUCUCAUCCCCUACUUCAUUUUCCUGUUUGGCGGAGGUCUGCCAGUCUUCUUCCUGGAGGUUGCCCUGGGUCAGUUCACGUCUGAGGGCGGCAUCACCUGCUGGGAGAAGCUUUGUCCCAUUUUUACUGGUAUUGGCUACGCUUCCAUUGUGAUUGUAUCCCUCCUGAAUAUCUAUUACAUCGUCAUCCUCGCCUGGGGUCUGUACUACUUGUUCCAGUGUUUCCAGCCAGAGUUGCCCUGGGCCAAGUGCAAUCAGCCCUGGAAUACAGAUCAAUGCAUUGAGGACACCUACCGCAAGAACAAAACCUUCUGGGUUGCCGCCAACGCCUCCAACUUUACCUCCCCCGUCACAGAGUUUUGGGAACACAAUGUGCUGGGCAUCAGCAGCGGCAUCGAGGAGAUCGGCCCCGUUAAAUGGGACUUGGCCCUGUGUUUACUCCUCGUCUGGGUCAUCUGCUUCUUUUGUAUCUGGAAGGGCGUGAAAUCCACUGGAAAGGUGGUCUACAUCACGGCCACGUUCCCGUUCGUCAUGCUCAUCGUCCUGUUGAUCCGCGGCGUAACUCUGCCCGGUGCUUCUGAAGGCAUCAAGUUCUACCUGUAUCCGGACCUCGAACGCCUCAAAGACCCAGAGGUGUGGAUUGAUGCCGGCACUCAGAUCUUCUUCUCCUAUGCCAUCUGUCUGGGCGCCAUGACGUCCUUGGGGAGCUACAACAAGUACAAAUACAACUGCUACAGGGACUGUUUGCUGCUGGGAGCCCUCAACAGUGGUACCAGUUUUGUGUCUGGCUUCGCAAUAUUUUCCGUCCUGGGCUUCAUGGCACAAGAGCAAGGGGUGGACAUUGCUGAGGUGGCAGAGUCAGGUCCAGGCCUGGCAUUCAUUGCCUACCCCAAGGCUGUUACCAUGAUGCCUUUUCCUACACUCUGGGCAAUCCUCUUCUUCAUUAUGCUGCUGCUGCUUGGCCUCGACAGUCAGUUUGUGGAGGUGGAAGGGCAGAUCACAUCACUGGUGGAUCUGUAUCCGUCCUUCCUAAGGAAGGGUUACUGCAGAGAGGUCUUCAUCGCUAUCAUCUGCUGCAUCAGCUACCUGUUUGGACUCACCAUGGUGACCAAGGGUGGCAUGUAUGUUUUCCAGCUGUUUGACUACUAUGCAGCGAGCGGUGUGUGCCUUCUGUGGGUGGCAUUCUUUGAAUGUAUAGCUGUUGCCUGGGUUUAUGGCGCUGAUAAUUUUUAUGAUGCAAUUGAGGACAUGAUUGGCUACAGACCAAAUCCUUGGAUGAAAUGGAGCUGGACUGUUGUCACUCCUUUACUGUGCAUGGGCUGCUUUAUCUUCUCUUUGGUCAAAUACAAGCCAUUGACGUACAACAAGCUGUACCAGUACCCUGACUGGGCCAUUGGAGUAGGCUGGACUCUGGCCUUGACCUCCAUGAUCUGCAUCCCCAUGGUGGUUGUCAUCAAGAUCAUUCGGUCCGACGGGCCCCUCAUCGAGAGGAUCAAGGCCGUGGCGGCCCCGGCGCGCGGAGGGGCCAGCUCCCGCCCCGCGGACCACCGUGUCCCCAGCGAGCUCACCUGCCCACUGGACCCCAAUGGAAACAAGGGGCUAAUGAUGAAGGCCCCCACCCACACCAUCGUAGAAACCAUGAUGUAAAGGGGUGAGGAGGAGGCUCUCCAUGAGAUCGCUCUCUUCUCCUCUCCUGUCCUCUGAAACGCUUCUGAAGCUAGCUAGCUAUCUGUCUCUCUGUGUCUUUCUGGUGGACUGAUCAGGGUUUUAAGGAAAAAAAGACAAGAAGCUCACAUUUGAAAUCUUUUAGGAAUGCUUCAAAAACUGUUUGCAGUUGAGGGAAAUGAUUUUUAUAAUUCCAAACUGUUUAAGUGCGUUGUUUUCCUUUAAUAGUUCCCAUGUGGGGUAUAUCAGCACUGACCGCUGAUCAUAAGCUGGUCGCUUGUUUCUUCACUGACGUUCACAGAUGUUGUUCCCAAAAAAAAAAAAAGAACAAAGUUAUGUCUUAGAUUCAUGGAAAGGAAACACAUUCAAUUCACUGCUGAUGCUAAAAAUAUUCUAUAAAUUACGGUGCAGUUUGAUAAAAAUGCACUUCACAGCAAAUGAAGACAAAAACAGUGAAAUUCUGGUCACACAGAAAUCCUGUUUUUGGCUGAAACUGAAACAUUCCCUUAUUUUCAGGGUAAUUUCUUCCUGCAAAGUCAGAGAAGCAUCCAACCGGAUUUGAAGUGUGGAGUUCAAACCCUUGAGUGUGUUGUCUGUGGCGUACUGUACAGUUGUAGCUAUCAGUCUAUCUAUAUCUAUCUCUUUAUCUUUCUGUGUCCUAGACCAGUUUACAGUAUGUAAGUUACUGCAGUAGGCACUCUCGGCUUAAAGUUUUGGAUUGAUUUUUAUUUUUCUGCAGAGGAAGUUACAUUAUUAUUAUUGUUGUUAGUUUUUUCCUCUGUCAGUGUUUAGAUUCUUUUAUUGAUAUUAUUAUUAUUAUUAUUAUUAUGGGUAUUCACUAUUGAAUUGCUGUAGUUUUACAUAGAAGGACAAACACUUCUUUCAAUUAGUGAAAAUACUAAGCUGUUAUCAGAUCACAUAUUUACAGCCUUUCUACUUCAUCAUGUAUAUCUUGGGCCACCUUUUCCAGUUGUUUUAGUGACACAAACAAAUUUCAAUGUAAUGAUUUUUCUCCAAAAUGUUUUCUUGUUAUGGGCCAGUUGCUCUGUGACCACUUGGAUGUUCAGACGGUUGUUUUAGCAGCGACUCCUCCUGCGGUUCAGGGCUGGGAAGCUUUUCUUCCUCUGUAAGGUUCAGGGAAAAUCUGGACACAUUUAUUGGGGCAGGACGAAAGCUAAGACUCGUCUCCAGUUCAGGUCAGGUGACCCAGUCGGUCGUGUUUCUUAGCACUCCAAAGCAGGAGAGCAGCAAAAUCCCGUGACACAACAGAGAAUAAAGCUGCAGGGGGUUUCCUGUCGGCAGAACUUUGUGUGGGGAAAUUGGCACUAAAGGAACCCAUAAAGCAUCAUUUUGGGAAACCUGAUCAACACCGGCAGAGACAAACUAAAGAUGCCCAAAAGGAAUUUUAUUCAUGGAUAACAAGAAAGGAAGAAUUUGCUCUUAAUUUUCUCUAAACUAAUCAAAAACUAGUUUCUACAAAUUAAUAUUCAAGCCUCGUUUUCUGCGUUAACUUUUGGAGCCUUACUCGAGUUUUUCAUCUGCUCAAACUAAAAGUUAACUUGAUCCGAGUUCCUAAACAUGUUUAAUCAGGAGGAACAUCGAGGCAUAAAAUGUGAUUUUACCAAGUUUUUCUCUUUUCAAGACCUUUUUAAAAUUUGUGAAUUAAGCAUCAAUUUGUUGAAAUUACGUUAAAGGUGCCCUGCGAUACGAAAACAAGGCCUCAAUUCUGGCUGAUUUUUAACAGUUGUGAUAUAAGAACUACAUGUGAUUUUUUUAAUAGUAACAUGGGGCCAUAAUGCUGAUAAUGUGAGCUGUUAACGACAGACUAGGUAAGAGGUUGGACUCAGUUUAAUAUGUGACAAAGGGGUUUCCGUGUGUCUCACCAGCGACCAUCUGCUCAGGACUUACCCUUUAAAGCUCUUGUCUGCUUUAAUUUGCUUCAAAAACAUUUUACUAUCAGUUGGGAACAAAGAGCUGCAGUCGUAGCAAACAAAACUUGUCUUGUGCUUUAAAGGACAUUCGCUCAGAUUGGCACAUAGAGAAUCAAAAGUAACUUCUUCACUGCCUAUUUUAUACACAAUCAAAGGUAAAGAUACACUGAAAUGAUGUGAGAGAUGUUUUUUUUUGCACUUGAAAUGAUGAGGCCAAAAAUAAAAUGCUCAAUUCUUCAGGGUACUUGGAGGUGAAAAGCAUUGAGGCGGGAAGUUGUGCAGUACCCAGGAGUUGCCUGUAUUUGACCAAAACCUUCCCAGUAGAGGUGGCAUAGCAGCCAGAGCCUGGCGUUUUUCCUCUUCUUUUUACUGUAGUUUGUACCAUUAAAGGGAUUUGCUGAACCAAAUCCACAGGCGACAUCUAUUUUCAUACAGCCUUUCCUAUAUAACGUCUUUCUACAGCUCAGCUUCCAUUUAAAUGCACACACAAAGCUUCAGUGUAUUCAUUAACGUUUGUACAGAUCUGGUUCAAUGUUCCUCUGAAGGAUCAUUGCACAACAAUGAAAAACAAAAACACUUUACUCUUUUGCAGAUUAUAUUAAAAUCUUCAAUUUGUCCACUGAAUAACUUCUUCUAGAUUUAAAAACUAAUGCAUAUGGAAACAAUUCAACUUUUUUAAUGUGUAUUUUCUUUUUUUUUUUUUUAACAUAUUUUUAGAGACAGCUCUUGGCUGCUUAAUUGGAAAAACAUUAAGUCAUCAGUAACGACUUCAACUUUAAAGCUUUUUCCAGGUGCUAAGGUCCUUUUGUCAGGGAUUUAUUGACCAGAUUAUUAACUAAUGCAGUCAUUUAUAGGUUUGUUCUGCCUCUCUGUGUAAAUUCACAGUUUGUACCAACCCAUCAGCCUUUUACACUCAGUUAACCCGAGUAAACUUUCCGUUGAGCUAAGCUUACUGAUUUUAUUUUUUCUCUCAGAAAUAAUGAGUUUGCAACAGAACUAAAGCAUUAGUGAUGCACAUGUUUUUACCGCCGAAUGUUAAAAUGUGAAAGUCACCUGCAGGUGAAUUUAAAGUUUUCUGAAGAUUUAUUUUUUAGCAUAAAAAAAGAAUCUCUUUUGCUGAUUCCUUCUUUGAUUUCAUCAGUUUCUCUUGACUUAUUUGUGAUCGUAUGUCACUUUGGCCUUUUGUGCUCCAAAAAUAUUCAAAACCUAAAACUGGAGUGACAUUGUCCAAACUAUGGAUCCAAAAUCGGCUCACAUUCAUUACGUGCAAUACUUUGUCGAAAGUGGUAAUGUUUAUUUUUGAUUUAAACUUUUCAUGAAAACAAAACUGAAAAUUUCAGGGUCAAAUUAGAAUGUGGAAACGAAACCAUUAAAACCACUGUUUUAAAAAAUCUUAUGUUUGUUUGGAAUACACUGAAAAUACUGUAACAGAUUUGUAAUUUUAUUGUUUUUGAGACAGCAACACUGCCACAAAUCCCACUGUCAUCCAUUAAGUAAUAAAAAAAAAAUUUGCAGCUCACCAAAAUGCCACAACCAAAGUUUCUUUUUUAUUUUGAAUUUUUGACAAACAUCAGUGAUGUCUGCAACAUCAAACUGUUGAGCAGUCAGCUGAGGUCACUGAGGUGAAAUAACUUGUGGUGCUUUUUAAAGGCUGCCAACAUGUAACGGAUGUAAAUCCAUCCAACGAUAAACCAUAUCAAAAGUGGGUGCUCUUUUUUUUCUUAAAAGUUCAUCUACAAAUUCUGUUAAAAUACUUAAAGAAUGUUUUAAAUUGAAAACCUCUCUGGGAAGCUCUUGUGCUUUUCUGAACAGAAUCAUUUCAGAUGACAUUUUGUACAACAUAUCCUCAGAAA